AUGGCACCACCAUCUGCCGUCGAGACCGUAACGGUGCCGACAAAGCUGCAGCCGCUGAAGCUGCACACGACCACUGCAGCAACGGGCGACUACAAGCAGCUGUCGCCGGCCGAGAUCGACCGGGAGGGAGAGGAGCAUGGUACAGACAAGUUUGCCGCAGCCAAGUACACAAACUACCUGCCGACAUGGGACCACACGGAAAAGUACCCGCCGCUGGUACCGUUUGAGCACGUGGAGCAUGGCAAGGAUGCGGACCGGACGUUCCCGGACCUGUUGCCGGCGACGGCACAGGUAACGGAGCUGACGCCGACGACGGGCAGUGAGGUGCGUGGCGUGCAGCUGAGCCAGCUCUCGGAUGCAGGCAAAAACCAGCUAGCACGGUUCGUGGCCGAGCGCAAGGUGGUAGCCUUCCGGGAGCAGGACCUGGCCGAUCUGCCGAUCGCGGACGCGCUCGCGUUUGGUGGCUACUUUGGGCGUCACCACAUCCACCCGACGUCGGGCCAGCCGGCCGGCUAUCCGGAGAUCCAUCUGGUGCAUCGCGGUGCCGGCGACAAGUUUGCGGAACAGUUCUUUGCCACGCGCACCAACAGCGUCGCCUGGCACUCGGACGUCUCGUACGAGCUGCAGCCGCCCGGCACCACGUUCCUCUACAUUCUUGACGGCCCGGCCAGCGGCGGCGACACGCUCUUUGUCAACGCCGCUGAGGCGUACAACCGCCUCAGCCCGGGCCUGCAGCAGCGCCUGCACGGACUUCAGGCCACCCACUCCGGCAUCGAGCAGGCCAACACCAGCAAAGCCCGCGGCAGCAUCACGCGCCGCGAGCCCGUCUUCCAUGCCCAUCCUGUUGUGCGCACUCACCCGGCCACUGGCGAGAAGGCCAUCUAUGUGAACCCGCAGUUCACUCGCGAGAUUGUCGGCUUCAAAAAGGAAGAGUCCGACGCUCUGCUCAAGUUCCUCUACGACCACCUCGCCUAUGGCGCCGACUUCCAGGCCCGUGUCAAGUGGGAGCCCGGCACUGUCGUCAUCUGGGACAACCGCGUCACCCAGCAUUCUGCCCUCGUCGACUGGAGGAGCGGCGACCGUCGCCAUCUGGCACGCAUCACGCCCCAGGCCGAGCGGCCGUACGAGACCCCGUUCGUCCCGGCUUGA